AUGGCAGAGGAGCGGCAUGGCUUUGUAAUUUGGUCGAUUUUCAAAAGUAUCGCUGCAAUUUUGACUUGGAUCUGCAUCAAAUUGCGAGUGAAGUCCCCCUGUGAUUGUAUUAUGGGUGAAAUUCGUUUGGAGGGUGAUUCAAUCGAUUUGAGGAGUGAGGAAGAGAACGCAAUGAGGAACGGUCCUCACCCUGUUCGGAUAGUUGAAGUGGUUGAAGAUGUAGAUCAUUCCUUUGAACUCAAUGUUCCUGCACUAGAAGAGAUUCUACUUGAUCCAAAAGUUGCUGAUAAAAAGGUUGCUGUCAUUGGUGUGGCUGGAGCAUACCGAAUGGGAAAAUCCUUCUUGCUGAACUUUUUCCUACGCUACUUACAGUGGCGGUCAGAUGGAUCUGACGAAGACGAUUCAGGGAGUUUGGAUUGGCUAAGCGUGCACCCAGAUUCACUGAAAGGAUUUUCCUGGCGAGGCGGAAGUAAGCGAGAUACUAACGGAAUUCUUAUUUGGAGUGAACCGUUCAUUAUGAAAGACAAAAAUGGAGAAGAGAUUGCCGUUAUCUUAAUGGACACACAAGGAACAUUUGAUUCGCAGAGCACUGUGAAGGAUUGCGCGACCAUUUUUGCACUGUCUACGAUGGUCUCGUCAAUGCAGAUCUACAAUUUGCUGCACAAUAUUCAAGAGGAUCACCUCCAACACUUGCAAAUGUUCACAGAGUACGGACGACUAGCAUUGGAGGACAGUGCGAGCAAGCCUUUCCAGUCUUUGCAAUUCUUGGUACGAGACUGGUCGUUCCCAUACGAAGCUGAAUUCGGUUAUGAUGGUGGACAAAAGAUUAUGGAAGAACGGCUACAGGUGUCAGCGAAGCAACACCCUGAAUUGCAACAGCUCCGACAACAUAUACGAAGUUGUUUCGAGAGUAUUUCCUGUUUUCUCAUGCCGUACCCUGGGAUCAAAGUUGCGACCAAUCCGGCUUUUACUGGAUCUUUGGCAGACAUUGAACCCGAGUUUCAACAGCAACUGCGUAUAAUGAUACCGCGGUUACUUGACUCGAACAACCUCGCCAUGAAGGAGAUAAACGGUCACAAAGUAACAUGCCGAGAACUCGUCGAAUACUUUAAGUCGUACAUGAAAAUCUUCCAAGGACAAGAUUUGCCGGAACCAAAGUCUAUGCUUAUGGCCACAGCGGAGGCGAAUAAUUUGGCAGCUGUGGCUAGUGCACGGGCUCUAUAUCAACGAGAAAUGGAGGAGAUUUGCGGUGGAGAUACUCCUUACAUGAGCACUAAUGAAUUACGAGAGCAACAUCAAAUUUGCAAGAAUGAUGCUAUUCGAGAAUUCCGCAAUGCUCGAAAAAUGGGUGGAGUGGAAUAUAGUGUGCAGUUUUUGGAAAAACUUGAGGACGAAAUUGAGGAGAACUACGAGUCCUACCUCAAAAUGAACAACGGCAAAAACUUGUUUAAAUCUAUGCGCACGCCUGCUGUUUUGGUUUCAUUGAUGAUUAUUGAUUAUAUCUGCCAAGAAUUCUGCCAGAUGAUUGGAUUAGACUUCUUUGCUGGGUUGUUCUCUUCUGUACUUGUAAUUGUUAUUGGAGCUCUUACUGUUUGGGCAUAUGCACGAUAUUCUGGGACACUUCGCGAAGCUAGUGGUUGGGUUGAUGAUGCUGUGACGUUUCUGUGGACCAACUUUAUAUCACCGAAUGCGGGCCAGCUUGGAGCAUUGGGUGGCGCAAUCCAGCUUGGAGAAAAACUUUCUAAUUCAACGGCAUCAACGUCUAACUCUUCACUUAAAACGCGCAAGAAGAAUAAUUGA